AUGUUGCACAGAAGCUUCAAGCCUGCCAAGUGCAAAACGGCAUUGAAGCUCGCUGUUUCGAGGAUUAAGUUGUUGAGGAAUAAGAGAGAAGCGCAAGUGAAGCAACUCAAGAGAGAAUUGGCUAAAUUGCUUGAGAAUGGUCAAGAUCAGACUGCUAGAAUUAGGGUUGAACAUGUUGUCAGGGAGGAGAAGACCAUGGCAGCAUAUGAGCUUGUUGAGAUAUACUGUGAACUUAUGGCAGCUCGUUUGCCUAUGAUUGAAUCACAAAAAAAUUGCCCCAUCGAUUUGAAGGAAGCAGUUUCUAGUGUAAUAUUUGCAACUCCAAGAUGUUCAGACAUACCUGAGCUCGCGGAUGUGAAGAAGCAUAUGGCAUCAAAGUAUGGAAAAGAAUUUGUCUCUGCUGCUGUUGAAUUGCGCCCUGAUUGUGGUGUAAAUCGCUUGUUGGUUGAGAAAUUGUCUGCUAAAGCCCCUGAUGGUCCAACCAAGAUAAAAAUACUGACUGCAAUAGCUGAGGAGCAUAAUAUCAAAUGGGAGCCCAAGUCAUUUGGAGACAAUGAUACAAAGGCCUCACAGGACUUACUGGUUGGGCCAAGUACUCCUGAGAAGUCUGCUUAUGUGGAACCUUUUCAAGUCCAUGUUCCACCACCUGUUCAUGAUGAAAAGGGUCCUCCGAAUUCUGGUGGUCCUUCACAACUUACUCCAAUGCAUGACACAUACACAAAUUCAUAUGAGCAGAGUGCAAACGCGGCUGCUAGAAAGGCUAGUGGCAAUAACUCCACAACAUCAGACAUGCCUAACAUAGAAAUCAAAUCUUCAGGGGAUGGAAGUCAAAAAAUGGAUAUUAGAGAUUCAUAUUCUGAAAACAGGAGUUCUGUUCCUACUGGUAGACAGAAUUGGAACAUGGAAUUCAAGGACGCUGCCUCUGCUGCACAGGCUGCUGCAGAAUCUGCUGAUCGUGCAACCAUGGCUGCAAAAGCAGCUGCAGAGUUUUCAAAUCGUGAAAAUAUAAAUAGGCAGUACUCAAGUGGAUUACAUAGCUCUCCUCGCAGGGGGUCAAGAGGGGAAGCACCUAACGCCUAUGCUUUUCAUGAUGACAAAUAUCUUUCUUCCGGUUCUGUUAAUAGUACCAUGCCUAAAAACAGUUCUGGGAUGCACAACGAACAAGAUAAUCUGUUUGGAAUGGGCAAUGAAGAUUACAGGAAUAUUAAUCAGAAUGUGGUGAAACAUGCCCAGACAGCUUCAAUUAUAGGUGGUGGUGUUGGUGAUGAUAAACCAUUUACCCAUGGUUCUCAAAUAGCUGAUACAUAUCACCACAAUAACUCAUUUAAGCAAGAGAGUAAUGACUUAUAUGAGACAAGUAUAACAAAACAAGCAAGCAGAGCUAAUGAAGAUUUUGGGACUGAACAUCAUUCUGAUGAUGAUAUGUAUACUGAAAACAACUACGACUUUGUACAUGCAAAGACAGAUAUACAAUCUGGACAUUCUUCCUCUUCUCAUCUCUUUAUUCCAAGUGAUGAUCACAAUGAUAAUUUGAACUCAGGUGACUGGACGAUAGGGAACAAGGCUGCACAAGACCUUUUUAGUACUGAAGUAAACACACCAACAAACACCAUGAAACUAAGUUCUUUUAAUGAUACCUCUGUUGUAUUUGAUGAUUCGGAAUCUGACAACGAUGAUUAUAACUUCGAUGCUGAUAAAAAAUACAAUGGCAGUGGAUCUGGGUUGUUCUCAUCUCCUAGUAGCAAAUACCAAGUUGAUCCAUUAGAAAAUACAAAUUCUUGGAGCCAUGGACAAAACACUAGUGUAAAAGAGACCAAUUCUGGUACACAAUCACUUUUUUCUGAAAAAUUGAUGAUGUCAGAAGUUUCUUUCGAAAACGAGGACCCUUUGCCUGCCACUUUUGAUGAUUCAGAUGACCCAGGUUCAGAUAUUGAGACAGAUCUCGUUAAGUCUAGAGUUUCUAGGGCCUUCGAUGAAGAAAAUUCUGUCCUUGAUCAGAUUGCAAACCAUGGGACUCUAGGAUCCUCCUCAGGAAAGGUUAAGAAUCUCGAUACUGACAGAAGUCCCCGGUCGUCGCCAUCUUCAGUUGGUUCAGAUCAUGUGGAAGAGCAUUCAUUGAAAAAGGUAGAUGCCACUAAUAUGUCCAGAAAAAAUUAUGGUUAUGAUGACUCGCCAACUAGUGAGCUAUCUUCAACAGAAAGAAACUCUACAUUGGGUUUGGGUUCCAAGGAAGAUAUCUAUUCACCGCAGCCACCUAAUAAUUUUGAUGAUACUGAAACUUUGGAGAAUUCUCAUAUAGAAAGUGGUACAGAAUUAAACUAUGGAACAUUGAAGGGUGGUUUUCGCAAUAAAGGGUUUACUCGGCUACCGUAUAUUAAGAAGACAUCAGAUGAUGUUUCAGCUUCAAUGGGAGACAUUUCAAGCCAGAAUAGAAGAUUGCCUACAGUAAGGACUUCAACCAGUUUUGAUGCUCCUGUUCAAGACAAAUAUACAACCGAAAACAGAGGAAAUAGAAAUGCGGGCUCAAAAGCACACAACAGAUCUUCUGAUUCUGGUAGUUAUGAUCUGGCUACAGACUCACAAGAGAUGACCAGGACUCAUACACCUCGCAUUCAGAAUGAGCAAAGUGAAGCAAAAAAGAAAUCAAGCUCAAGAACCCCAAUUCCCUACUUCGAUUCCGAUGAUAGUGAAUCUGAGGCUGAACGUCAUAAACAGAAUGUAGCUAAUGUUGCUCGUCCUGUUAGUAGAGUAUCUCGAAGAACAUCAGCCUCUCCAAAAACUGGUACAGGUUUAAGUUCUAACCACGCUCCUUUAUCUGAGGCUCCUGUGACUCCUGGUUCAAGGCUUGGAUGGAAAUCUUCAAGGGUUUCUGAUGAGAGCUCUGAAAGUCGGGGAGGAUCUAAGCCUGGAUUAGCAGAUAGUGAAGCUUCAAAACCAAUUUCACAACCAAAUAGAUCCUUGGAGGAGGAAGUUGUGAAUUCAUCUUCAAAGGUGCAACCUUCUCUUCCUAGUACAGAUGUACAAGAUAGUGACACUCCAUCUAAGCAGAAAGUAGACCACGUUCAUCCAAAGUUACCUGAUUAUGACUCCUUUGCUGCCCAUUUCAUGUCUCUUAAGAAAGGCCGUCCUUGA